AUGGAUCAGGAACUUCAGAAGGUCUCCGAGACUGGCAUUGAACACAAGACCACGCAUGAUUCAAGUGCAAGUGCUUCUUCGUCCACUCUGCCUCAUUCUCCUUCUUAUCAGGUACCUCCAUACCGUGUUGGUGUCACUGAGCCCGGUGGGCCAUUGUCAAGAUCGCAGUCUAAACUCGAGGCGAGAGACUACAGUGAAAGCAACCGAUUUCCUAGGAUCUCGCGCCCUGUAGAGCUCCUCCGCCAUACUUAUGAUGUCGUCGUGAUCGGAUCAGGGUAUGGAGGUGGUGUUGCGGCGUCGCGAAUGACGCGUGCCGGCCAGUCUGUCUGCGUUCUCGAGCGUGGGAAAGAAAGAUGGCCCGGAGAAUAUCCUUCGAAUCUCGCCGAAGCUGCACCAGAAAUCAGUGUCUCCGGGCUUUUCGCGCCAGGAGACAACCCAGGGACUCCAGUGCAGAUAGGGGAUCCGACGAAGCUUUACCAGCUAGUCAUGGGUGCCGGCCAAAAUGCAUUCGUCGCGAGCGGGCUCGGAGGAACGAGCCUUUUGAAUGCAAACGUCUUUCUAAAAGCUGACCCAGGGACGAUGAGCCUUCCAGAAUGGCCAAAAGAUCUCAGACAGCCUGGUGCUUUGGAUGAGUACUACGAGCGUGCGGCGCACAUGCUGCAGCCCGAGCGAUAUCCAGAGGACUUUCCUCCUUUGUUGAAGCUUGAGCUCUUGAAGAAACAAGCAGAGCUCCUCGGACUAUCAAAGCAUUUCGAUCGAGUUCCACAAACAACAAGAUUUGAGAAUGGCCCAAAUAACGCCGGCGUUCAAAUGCAGGCCAGCGCACUCACUGGAAUGGAUAGUACCGGUGUCAACGAUGGUAGCAAGUCAUCCACCCUAGUCACAUAUUUGAGCGACGCCUGGAACUGGGGCGCUGAGAUCUUUUGUGAGUGCGAAGCUCGAUAUAUCAAGAAGCAUCCCACCGAGGAGGGUUACCUUGUCUUCUUCGCCUGGCACGGCAGUAAGCGAGGCCUCUUCAAGAAAAACAUCUAUGAUGAUCUUAUGUGGGUGCAUGCGAAGAAGUUUGUUUUCAUGGGUGCCGGAGCCCUGGGGACAACUGAGAUCCUUCUUCGAAGCAAAGCCCUUGGCCUGAAGAUGAGCCCACGGGUCGGCAAAGAUAUGAGUGGGAACGGAGAUAUACUCGCUUUUGGAUACAACACCAAUGACGAGGCAAACGGUAUGGGGAGAGUAUGCCCCAGGCCUGACAAACCUAUUGGUCCUACAAUUACCGGAGUGAUCGAUUGUCGUGAGCAGCCGAAUCCUCUGGAUGGCUUUGUUAUCGAAGAAGGUGCCAUUACACAGCCACUUGUCCCUGUGCUCCAAGCAAUGCUGGAGUCGCUGCCUGGAAAGAUCAUUCCCAACCCGUACCCAUUGAAAGACCGCCUGAUGCACUUUCUCGCCCGUCAGCAGAGCCGCAUCUACCCAUAUGCCCCAAUGGGAAGUCUGGAGAAGACACAAACCUAUCUCAUCAUGUCCCAUGACAGUAACCAAGCAGUAAUGAAACUGGGAGACAAUGACAGGCCAACGUUGACUUUCCUUGGAGUGGGAAGAAGUGACCACGUACAGUAUCUCAAUGGAAUUCUCGCAAAAGCAACCAACGCUGUAGGCGGAACUUAUGUCAACUCCCCUUUCUUCGCAGCGCUGGGGCAACAAGAGAUCACUGUUCAUAUUAUGGGUGGAGCAACAAUGUCUAGUGACGGGACAGGUGUCAAUGGCGCCGUAGACCAAGUUGGACAGCUAUUCAAAGGCCCAGGGAAAGACGUCCACAAUGGCAUUGUUGUUAUGGACGCAGCCAUUCUCCCCACUGCCCUCGGCGUCAAUCCAUUUGCAACCAUCAGUGCCCUUGCAGAAAGAUCUGUUGAGGCAGCGGCCAAACGCGAGAAUCUGACCAUCGACCUUGUGACCCAGAAUGGCACUUUGGACUUGUUUGACAGACCAGCACAUUGGAAGCCCAUGAGCAAAGAGCUUUACAAGGCAGAAAGAAUGAUUCGGAUGGCCGUGGAAUCAGAAGCCGAGGGCAUCGAGUUCACAGAAGUCAUGUCUGGCUAUAUCAACACCGAAGAUCAUGUGGACACUGGAGAUACGGCAUCCGAUUUCGUGGUGGCUACAGAUGCAGCUCGAGCAGCCGGUAGCACUGCAAGAUUCUUCCUUAGCUGCCACGCCUGGGACACGGACGAGAUGAUCGGGCGAUCUGACCAUCCUGCAAUGCUUACAGGCACUUUCACUUGUGCUGGUCUUCCAGGAUCACCUUUCAUGGUCCUACGCGGCGAAUUCAAUCUUUUCAAUGAGGAUAAGCGAACGCCAGACACCACCAAUCUGACGUACGACUUUGACAUGAUUUCAACGAGGGGCGAAAUAAUCCACUUCCACGGCUACAAGGUCGUGGAUCGAUCCAUUGCCUUUCGACCGUGGCAGACAUGGAAGGCCACUUCUACCCUCUACGUCACACUCACCAAAGAAGGUCAAAUCAUAGGCAGAGGGACAUUGCAUAUCGAGCCGCAAGAUUUUGUGUCUGAGCUCUCGACAUUUACACCGCAUGGCCCGUCGAUGCUAUCAAAGGCAUUUUCCACCGGCAAGUUCCUGACCUUCUUUACGAAACAGGUUUUGGCCAAUUUCUUAGGACCCCUAGGCAUUAUGCAAUUUCCCACAACAACCUACCACGGCUACGAAGUGAACAAGAAGCCUCCAAUGGAGACCAGGAAAAUCGUAUCGGCGGACAAGGUCGUGUCGACUCUUCAGCGAUGGGGUCCCAAAAUUCCAUCAUCUGGUGGUCGAAAAGUGCUCUUUAUCCCAGGUGCUUCUGUGGACCACCAGAUCUUUGCUCUCCCCACGAUCGAUAUCAAUGCCGUAGAGUACUUUCAAGCAGCAGGCUACGAAGUAUUUUGUGUCACUCAUCGUACCGGCAAGACGCCCAACGCCCAGAGAGGAUAUACGACGUACGACGCGAGACUUGACAUUCAAGCAGCUUUUGAAGAGAUACACCGCAUCCAAGGCUCCGACGACCCCAUCUAUACCGUUGCCCACUGUGCUGGCUCCGUCGCACUGUCGGCCGGGCUGCUCGACGGUACAAUUAAGGCAAGUUGGAUUCGAGGUUUAACGGCUUCACAGGUUUUCUUCAACCCGAUCUUUGGAACUGUCAACAAGGUCAAAGCAUCUCUGCCCAUCUCGUUAACUCGGAUCUACAAAUUGCUGGCAGGCAGUUGGUUUUCCUGCAUCUCCACAGAGCAUGAUUCUCUGGUGCAACGACUGUUGAACCAAGUGGUCCGACUUUAUCCAGUUGGGUCCCCUCGAGAAUUGUGUAAUAGCGUUGUCUGCCACAGAUCCGAGCUUGUUUUCGGGAGGCUGUGGUCUCACAAGCGUUUGAACGCCGCAACCCACGACAAUCUCUCCAAAUUCCUGGGUGGCACCAGUAUGAACGCACUCAACCAGCUCAUGUACCAGGGCACGCACGGAUUUGUGACCAACAACAUUCUGGAAUCGCUCGUCACCCCGGCAAACCUCCAGCGACUGAGAGGUCUCCCCAUUCUGUUCAUCUCGGGUACUGACAAUGUGGUCUAUACUCCGGAGACCACCGACAAGUCCUACACCACGAUGACGACGACUUUCGGACAAAGAGGCUAUGAACGAGAAGUGUUUCCAGGCUAUGGGCACCUGGACUGUUGGAUGGGCGCGGAUGCUGUAAAAGACGUCUACCCUACCGUCCUUGCCCACGCCGAAAAGAUCUAUAAUGGUGAUUUGGAUAACUAG